ACGUGUAAUGGGAGAGGCAAGAGAGUAAUAAAAGAGGUGCUUGAGAGAUCUAAAAAGGUUGUUCUUUUGAGUGGUCAAACAGAGCCGAUCCAAGGGCUUUGGUUUUGUUUGAUUGAUUGAUUUGAAGAGGAAAAUUCACAAGUAGUGGAAAGAAACGGAGACGAAGAAGAAGAAGAAGUAGAAAGAAGAUGGGAGAAGGCGGAUGUAUUCCGUCAAUGGAUCUGUUUCGGUCGGAACCGAUGCAAUUGGUACAGCUUAUUAUUCCAAUUGAAUCCGCCCAUCAAACUGUUUCUUACCUUGGUGACCUUGGACUACUUCAAUUCAAAGAUCUGAAUUCGGAUAAAAGUCCUUUCCAGCGGACAUAUGCUUCCCAGAUCAAAAGAUGUGGAGAGAUGGCAAGGAAGCUACGAUUUUUCAAGGAACAAAUGUCGAAGGGUGGUGUGGUACCUUCAGCAAGGACUAUAUCCCGAGCUGAUAUUAACAUGGAUGACUUGGAGAUAAAACUUGGAGAACUUGAAUCUGAGCUUAUAGAAAUCAACGGGAACAGUGACAAGUUGCAACGUGCGUAUAGUGAGCUUGUUGAAUAUAAGCUUGUUCUGCAAAAGGCCGGUGAGUUUUUCUACACAGCCCGAAGUAGUGCUACAGCACAGCAAAGAGAAAUUGAGGCCCGCCAAUCUGGUGAAGGUUCCUUGGAUAGCCCAUUGUUGUUGGAGCAAGAAAUGUCAGCAGAUCAUGCUAAACAAGUUAAGCUGGGGUUUGUCAGUGGCCUUAUACCAAGGGAUAAAUUGAUGGCGUUCGAAAGGAUUCUAUUUCGCGCUACCAGGGGUAACGUAUUCAUUAAGCAAACAACGAUUGAAGAUCCUGUUACCGAUCCUGUCUCUGGGGAGAAGGUUGAGAAAAAUGUCUUUGUGGUCUUCUAUUCUGGAGAAAGAGCUAAGGCCAAAAUCAUGAAGAUAUGUGAUGCAUUUGGAGCAAACCGUUACCCAUUCACUGAGGAAAUGGGAAAACAAGCCCAGAUGAUAGCAGAGGUUUCGGGAAGAACUUCAGAGCUGAAAACUACCAUUGAUCUUGGGCUAAUGCAUCGUUACAAUUUAUUGUCAUCCAUUGGCAGUCAGUAUGAGCAGUGGAAUCUUUUGGUGAGGAAGGAGAAAUCCAUUUACCACACUCUAAACAUGCUCAGCAUUGACGUGACAAAGAAAUGUCUCGUAGCAGAGGGAUGGAGCCCUGUGUUUGCAACUCAUCAGAUUCAAGAUGCAUUGCAGCGAGCGUCGUUUGACAGCAAUUCACAAGUCGGAGCAGUAUUUCAAAUUUUGCAUACAAAGGAAUCUCCCCCUACAUACUUCAGGACAAAUAAAUUUACUAGCUCUUUUCAAGAAAUUGUCGAUGCUUAUGGGGUGGCUAAGUAUCAAGAAGCAAACCCUGGUCUAUACACUAUUGUUACAUUCCCCUUUCUGUUUGCGGUCAUGUUUGGUGAUUGGGGCCAUGGAAUCUGCUUGUUACUCGCAUCAUUAUUCUUAAUAAUCAGAGAAAAGAAGUAUUCUAGUCAGAAACUUGGAGAUAUCAUGGAAAUGACUUUUGGCGGACGCUAUAUUAUUUUGAUGAUGUCGGUGUUCUCAAUUUACACUGGAUUGAUCUAUAAUGAGUUUUUCUCUGUGCCAUUUGAGCUUUUUGGACCUUCUGCCUAUGCAUGCCGGGAUGCCACCUGCAGUGAUACUACUACGUGGGGCUUGAUCAAGGUGCGAGACACCUAUCCCUUCGGCGUGGAUCCAGAGUGGCAUGGUUCUCGAUCUGAAUUGCCAUUCCUGAACUCAUUGAAGAUGAAAAUGUCUAUUCUUCUUGGGGUUGCCCAAAUGAAUCUUGGAAUUAUAAUGAGCUACACUAAUGCCAAGUUCUUUAAGAAUAGUGUGAAUACUUGGUUUCAAUUUAUUCCUCAGAUGAUAUUCUUAAACAGUCUGUUUGGGUACCUUUCGGUCCUUAUCAUUGUGAAGUGGUGCACUGGUUCCAAAGCCGAUUUGUACCAUCUUAUGAUAUAUAUGUUCUUGAGCCCAACAGACGAUCUUGGGGAGAACCAGCUAUUCCCUUACCAAAGAAAUCUUCAGCUUGUGUUGCUAGGGUUGGCCCUUAUUGCUGUACCUUGGAUGCUUUUGCCAAAACCAUUUAUUUUGAAGAAACAACAUGAAGCGAGGCACCAGGGUGAAUCCUAUGAACUUCUUCACAGCAAUGACGAGUCUGUCGCAGUAGAGGCAAGUCAUGAUUCCCAUGGUCAUGGCCAUGAGGAAUUUGAAUUCAGUGAAGUAUUUGUUCACCAGCUCAUCCAUACUAUAGAAUUUGUGCUCGGGGCAGUUUCAAAUACUGCUUCAUAUCUUCGAUUAUGGGCUCUCAGUCUUGCACAUUCGGAGUUGUCAACUGUUUUCUAUGAGAAGGUUUUAAUGCUUGCAUGGGGGUACAACAAUAUUUUUAUUCUUGCCAUCGGUGUCCUUGUAUUUAUAUUUGCAACUGUCGGAGUUUUGCUUGUCAUGGAAACAUUGAGUGCUUUCCUGCACGCUUUACGUCUUCAUUGGGUUGAGUUCCAGAACAAGUUUUAUGAGGGAGAUGGUUACAAGUUCAGCCCAUUUUCAUUUGCAUUGAUUGGUGAUGAAGACGAAUGAGAUGAAUGAGAUGUGACGUGCUGUUCUUUGAGUUCUGUCUCACAUUUGUGUUAUAAAAUGUUAUAAAAUCCGUCUAUUCAUUUAUUCAAACAAAAGGGUGUCUAGAGAUGGAAAUGAAAUGGGAUAAUAUAGUGUUCCCAGUCAGUAACUUGGGGAGGUGAGGUUGUGUUCGGCCCUGUACUCCUUGUAAUUUAUGAAAUCGUUUUGCUUGUAGUUUUUCAAGUUAAUAAAACAGUCCCCAGAGUGAGGUUGGCUGAUGUAUGUUUGUAAGAAUUAACAUUAUUUUUUAUGGUCCGUUGAUGUCUAUUUGAUUAUUA